AUGGAUCAUCACCAGGUGAGACGGUCUCGAGAGAGAAGGCCCUCAAGGCCAGGAAAGAAAGGCAGAAUCACUGACUCCCUCCAGAAGCCCUCACCCGACGACGUGGCCCAGGAAGAGUCCGUGUUCCCCUCAACCUUUCCAUCCUCGGGCCCCGCUCAUGUCAUCCCCCCAGUUGGGAUGCCGGACAGCGAAUGCAUCUCCCCCCAUCCCCGCCCGUAUCUAGAUGGGCGCCUCCUUGGAACCCAUAUCGAGGCAAGCCUGUUCACUAAAGCCUUUGUUCAUCUCAGGCCACUCACCCUUCUGCGGCCCUCAGACACAACGCAUCCCAAGGCAGCUUGGAAGGGGACAGCUAGUGAACGAAGCGGAGGCAAGCUGCCCACCCUCUGGCCUCUGGGGCGCCGGGCUCCCCGGACUGAGCCUGUGACACAGACCUUCAGGAUAGUGCUAGCAGAAAUCGGGACAAGUCUUAUCAUGUGGGUCUUCUACGCCUGGAUUCCAUGUUUGCUCACAGGUGGUGCCGGGGCCCUGGCCGCCCCACAGAACCUCUCUGUGCACUCAACCAACCUGAAGCAUCUCUUGAGGUGGAGCCCGGUGGUCGUGCCUGGAGGAACAGUAUCCUAUUCUGUCGAGUACCAAGGGGAGUACGAGAGUCUGUAUGCCAGCCACAUCUGGAUCCCCAGCAGCAGGUGUUCCCCCGCCGUAGGCCCUGAGUGUGACGUCACCGACGACAUCACGGCCAACGUGCAGUACAACCUCCGUGUCAGGGCCACCCUGGGCUCGCAGACCUCAGCCUGGAGCACCCUGGAGCACCCCUUCCACCGGAACUCGACCAUCCUUACCCCACCCGGGUUGGACGUCACCAAGGAUGGCUUCCACCUGGUUAUUGAGCUGGAAGACCUGGGACCCCAGUUUGAGUUCCUUGUGUUCUACUGGAGGAGGGAGUCUGGCGCCAAGGAACAAGUUAAAACCGUGAGGCGUGGGGGCAUUCCAGUACACCUGGAGACCAUGGAGCCGGGGGCCCCCUACUGUGUGAAGGCCCAGACAUUCGCAAAGGCCAUCGGGAGACACAGUGCCUUCAGCCAGGCAGACUGUGUCGAGGUCCAAGGAGAGGCCCUGCCCCUGGCGCUGGCCCUGUUUGCGUUCGUUGGCUUCAUGCUGAUCCUUGUGGUUGUGCUGCUCUCCAUCUGGAAAAUGGGCCGGCUGCUCCGGUACUCCUGCUGCCCCUCGGUGGUCCUCCCGGAGACCCUGACGCUAACCAACUCGCCCCAGAAGCUGAUCAGCUGCAGACGAGAGGAGGUGGACAUCUGUGCCACGGUUGUCCUGACGCCCGAGGACCUCUUCAGGGCCUGGGUCUAG